CUCCCUUCAUUUUUCUCUGCCAUAGACCAGAAAAGAAAUGCAUACUCGAAAGUAUCCUCUCUCACCACCUACUCUCUCAGAGCUAGCAGAAACACUCAAAGUCCCUCUCUCGACAAACUAUGAUCACUCAACAGUCCGCGUCAUCACCUGCCCCGACCUCCGCAAUGCCCCCUUCCACCUCGCCACCCCAGGCAUUUCAGGCGAUGAGAAAAUUGCAGACGUAGGCGGCCAGGCAAAUCUCUUCCCCCGCCCCCGUCUAGACAAGAUAUAUUCCAUGCCUGAACUCGCCAAAGCGAUGGAGAUGGGCUCUGAGCGGGGCGGGCUACUCGGUGCCGGGGCUGGUCCAUUCCACGUCAUUGGUCGGAACUGCGAACUUGCGCCAAAUUUCAGCUGGGAGGGUGGGUUCGAGAAUGUCGAUAAUCGGACUCGUGUUAUUCAGAUUCGUCCGGAUACGGGGGGUGUUGGGGUGGGCGUGAGUCCAUCUGUGGAUUGUGCUUUGAUGGUGAAUUUGUAUGGGUCGUUGGGGGAGACGGGGGAGGUGAUUAGGAUUACUGCGCGGAAGAGGAGAGGUGCUGAGAAGAGCUUCACAGAGUGUAUCCAAACGGCACUCAAGGAAGCGUACGGUGAUUCUCAAACGAUCAGUCUCGGGGGUGUUUUCGUGGUCAGGUCAGGCAAGGCACGGUAUCACGUUAUGCCUGACUUUCCGCCAGAGAAUGAACUGCCAUUCAAGAACCGCAAGCAGCUGGAGGAGUGGCUGACUUAUCAUGACUUUGGCAGUCCCAUGGUGUGUUUGUCUGUUCUGCACUCUGCGGAUCCAGACAAGCUCGGUCUGCGGAUGGAGCAUACGCACUGCUUUUCUGCGGAGGAGAACACUGGAGGGCAUUAUCAUUAUAAUCUGAAGGAUGAGGAGGUCGAGUAUGAAGGAUAUUUCAACGCUGCAAAGGUGUUGUAUCGAGUGGAUGCGGCGGAGGCUUAAGCUUGUUUGACCGUCUUCUGUUUGGCAUGGAUAGAUCUAGGAUAAUGCAUGCAGCCUUCCCUCCCAAUGAAUCGGAACAAAAUAAUAGUAUAUAUACUGUCAGAC